AUGGUCUCAAUUUCUAACUUAAUUAACAGUGGUUUACUUUUGGUUAGUCAAAACAUCUACCAAGAGCUUGCUACUCCACAACAAGCUGCAACUGAAAAUUAUAAUAUCAUUAAUUUCUUAGGUGGAUCAGCUCCUUAUAUUCAAAGAGACGGUUACGGAAUAGAUGUUGGUUUACCAGAUGGUUGUGAAUAUCAACAAGUUCAAUUACUCUCCAGACAUGGUGAAAGAUUUCCAUCCAUUAGUGAUGGUGCUAAAUUUGAACCAAUUUAUAAGAAAUUCCAAAAUUAUAACAAAACUUUUACUGGUGAUUUAGAAUUCCUUAAUAGUUAUACUUAUUUCGUCUCCGAUUCAAACUUAUAUGAAAAGGAAACUACCCCAAGCAACUCUCAAGGUUUAUAUGCUGGUGUUACUGUUGCUCUCAAACAUGGUGCUUAUUUCAGAGCUAAAUAUGAUGCUUUAUAUAACGAUAACAUCACCUUACCAAUAUUUACUUCUAACUCAGGUAGAGUUUACCAAACAUCAAACUAUUUUGCCCGUGGUUUCUUAGGUGAUACUUUCGACGAAGAUGAUAAUGUUCAAUUUAAUAUUAUCAGUGAGUCUGGUACUUUUGGUGCUAACUCAUUAACUCCGAGAGAAGGUUGUAAUGCUUAUAAUUCAAGUGCCAAUUCUAGCAUUAGUGCUGAAUAUAAUACUACUGCGUAUUUAAAGCCAAUUGCUGAUAGAUUAGUUGCUCAAAAUCCAGGUUUAGACUUAACUAAAUCUGAUGUUCUGGAAUUAUUUUCAUGGUGUGCUUACGAAAUCAAUGUUAGAGGUGCUUCUCCAUUCUGUGAUUUGUUCACUAAUGAAGAAUUUAUCAGAAACUCUUACGAAACUGAUGUUACUGAUUUCUAUAAACAAGGUCCAGGUAAUAAUUUAUCACUGACCAUCGGUUCAAGUCUCUUAAAUGCUUCGUUAACUUUAUUAAAAAAUGACUCUGCUGAACAAAAGAUCUGGUUGUCAUUCACCCAUGAUACCGAUCUUGAACUUUUCCAUGCUGCUUUAGGUAUACUCGAACCUAAAGAAUUAUUACCAACCAGUUACAUUCCAUUCCCAAAUCCAUACGUUCACUCUUCAAUUGUCCCUCAAAGUGCUAGGGUUUACACUGAAAAAUAUCAAUGUUCGAAUACUUCAUAUGUCAGAUACAUUGUUAAUGAUGCAGUUAUUCCAAUUCCUCAAUGUAACUCUGGUCCUGGUUUCUCAUGUGAAUUCAGUGAAUAUGAAACUUAUAUUAAUAACAGAAUUGGUGGUAUUGACUUUGCUGAAAAUUGUGCACUUAAUUCAUCUCAACCACAAUCAGUAAGUUUCUACUGGGAUUGGACCACUGCUAACUAUUCAGCUCCUCUUGGAGAUUUCUAG